GCUACGUGGCCGUCGUCACCGGUGGCAGCCGUGGCAUUGGCCUCUCCGUGGCCACUGAACUCUAUCGGCGAGGUGCCACGGUGGUGGUCACCGCCCACGGACUGACGCCCCCGGAGCGGGAGCAGCUGGCGGAGCGAAUUCGAAAUGGCGAAAAACUGACUGCAGAAAAAGACUGCGGCGAUGACGACAGCUGUGAUAAAGAGAAUGAUGAUAAGCUUGAUGAUGAAGACCGCCUACACAUCUACCAGAUUGACCUGCGCGACCUGGGGGCGGUGUGUCGCUUUGCGGAGCACCUCACCGACCGCUUUGGUGGUCGGCUUAGCCUGCUGGUGAACAACGCCGGCGUCAUGUACGUGCCGCUGGCCUACACGGAGGACGGCUUCGAGGAGCACUACCAGGUCAACUACCUCGCACACGCCCUCCUCACCUGGCUCCUCCUGCCUGCCCUUCAGAGAGGAGGAGGCUCCUCUUACACGGGGCCUUCCAAGCACACGCAUCCCUCUCGCAUCGUCAACGUCUCCUCCUCGACCCACUACGCCCGAGACCUCUUUCUCGAGGACCUGCAAUCCCGGGCCAGCCCCUACUCGCCCUACCACGCCUACGCACAGUCCAAGCUGGCCAUCCUCAUGCACACCUACUGGCUGGCGGAGUGGCUCAAGGAGCAUGAAAACCAAGAAGAUAAUCCUCCCUCGGUCCUCGUGAACACCCUCCACCCUGGCGUCGUCAAUACCGCCCUCUACGAGAACGUCUG